UGGUCAGUUCGGGGAGAGAGCGCGCUGAGCUCGCCUUCGGCGCGCUGUGAGUUAUUUGGGAAGAGAGAGUAGGAAGAAGGAGACGAAGCCUGGCGGGGAGGCAGUGGGAGGAGGAGUAGAAGUGAUGGUGGCUCGUCAAAGCGUAGUUGAAGCGAGUCUGAUUCACAGCAAUUUCUGUAGUCUAUUACGUGUUCACUUGGCUUUCCCUCUGGGUGGAGGAGGGCCUUUUCCCGGCGAGUAGACGUGGCCGAGGGAGAGUGGAAGUUCAGGUACUUCUGUAAACUUUUCCCCGCGGACUGUGUCUGAGGCAGUGGAGUUGGAGUGAGGAGGAGGCGGCGUGCGGUGCUGCUGAGCUCUUUGUGCCUGAGAGGAGGCAGGGUGCCAGCAGGCAGCACUCACUAACUACAUUCUUUGUCCAAGGAGGGAACGAGGGAGGGCGAAGAACAAACUCCAUCUCCACACUGAUCGCAUUUAUGUGGCAAUGAUACUACUCAUACCAUUGAACCUGGAGGAGCUGAUUCAUUUCUUACUAUUUCCCACAAACGCAACAGAGCACAUUUUUAUAUGAUUGAAGCCGUCCAUUUUAAGUGGUAGUGACAUUCAAAGUUUCUUCCAGGAAGCAUUUUUAGCUUAAAGAAAAAAUGAUAAAAACAGAAGGGAAAGGGGAUAGGACCCUGAGAAGUGCUUCACCGCACAGAAAUGCAUAUAAGUCUGAUUUCCAUGCUAUUAAGUGUUCAUUUGAUGGUGGAAAGCCUGAGAUUUCACCAAAGCCUGUGUCUUUGAAGUUUAACACAAAUGGAGGGCCAGCUGACAUUACCCGAGGACGGGCCUCAUAUGGUAAUAGGGUCCACAAGAUCAAGAAUAUGUUUAUGCAGAUGAGCUCAACACCAAAUGAAGUGCAGCAUGAGCCCAAACUAAUUAAGGCUGAUUUUUCGUCUCUUCCAACCAAUGCGUCUGUUGUAAGCGUACAAAAAAAUAAUGCAUUUAAUGCAAGUGGGGAGAUUCCAUCUCCUGAAAAGGUGAUCAGGACAGGAGAGGAAGUGGACCUGGACAAAGUAACUUUAGCAGAAAAGUUUUCUGAAACUAGGAAACUCUUUGAAAAAAACGUUAAUCACCAAAACACUUCUGACAGGUCUUCCCCAACUAAGGAAGAAAAGUUAAUCAGCCAGCGACGGCAUGGGUCACUGGACACAGAAAGUUCCAGUUCUGAUCAGAGCCACUCCAGCUUAUCCUCCACAAUGACUAAGCUGACAUCACCUUCAUUUAAGAGUAAAGAAACAGAAGAAGUUUUGAAUAACUUAAGUCAAAGAUCAAAUUCAUCGACAUCCUCUUCUCUUAAUGCAGGGCCUAUUUCAAGGAGACUGGAAAGUUUUCUUGUAGAUAGUGAUGGGGAAGAAUCUAAGGACUUUAUAAAAAAUGGCCACCAUUCGGAAGUGUCUUGCAGCCCUAGCGUACUACCUUUAUCAGAUGUGUCAGAAGUGACUGAAAAAGAAAUUCAUAUCAGUUUUGGCAACAAACAUACUAGCCCUUCUGAAAACCAAAACUUGGGGAAAAAAUCAGACAUAGAGGGGGAGGUACACAAAAUUAGUAAGGAAAUUCAGGAUGACCAAGUCUUCCUUCCAAGUAACAGUCCACCAUCAAACCAGACAGCUGAUGAUUCUUUUGUCCCUGCAACUGAAAAAUCAGUUGCAGGAAUGGUUAGGGCAGAGUUGGUAGUUUUGCAAAAUGAGUCUUCAGAGAGUGACAAUGAGGAACAGAUUAAAAAUGAUGUAUUUGAAGAUAUAAAACCUCUUGAUGUGAAAUCUUUUGAUGCAAUUCAAAUUGUGGACAUCUUGGUUAACCAGAACAAUGAACAAUUGUUUGAAAAAACUGCAGUGCCUCUAGAUGAAAAUAUAAAACCAACAGAGGACAUGGAUGAUGAAGGCAGUGAAGAAGAAGAUGAAAGUGAGUUUGAUGAACAAGUGGAGAAAAACAAAAUCACGUAUGGAUAUUCUAACAGUGCUCUUGGGAUCGAAAAUGCAGCUUUUGAUGAUGAUAGGGAAACUGAAGUAGAGGACCAAGCUGGUGACUUCAAAGAUGUAUUGACCACUGAAAAUGAGAAUUAUGGAUUUAGUAGUGACUAUGAAGAAAUGCCGGGACUCUCUGAAGAGGAAGAGCUAGUACCUUCACGAAAGGUUAAAUUCUCUACAGCUCCAAUUAAGGUUUUCAGUACAUUUUCAAAUGAAGAUUACGACCGACGUAAUGAAGAGGUAGAUCCAGUUGCUGCCUCUGCAGAAUACGAGUUGGAGAAGAGGGUAGAAAAAAUGGACGUUUUUCCAGUAGAAAUUGAAAAAGGUGACAGUGGCCUUGGCAUUAGUAUAAUUGGUAUGGGUGUUGGCGCAGAUCAGGGCUUGGAGAAGUUGGGAAUAUUCGUGAAAACUAUUACUGAAGGUGGGGCAGCUCAGAGAGAUGGCCGGAUUCAAGUAAAUGACCAGAUUGUUGAGGUAGACGGUACAAGUUUAGUUGGGGUGACACAACUGUUUGCAGCUACAGUGCUUAAAAACACCCAAGGCACAGUCAGAUUUCUUAUUGGGAGAGAAAAACCAGGAACUCAGAGUGAAGUGGCUCGGCUAAUCAGCGAAACGCUCGAACAAGAAAGAUGCCAACAGCAACUGUAUGACUCCCAAUACUCGGAGGGCAGUACUGAGCAGGAAGAAGAUUUUGAGGAAGAUGAGGAUGAUGAUGAUGAUGAUGAUGACGACCUGAAAUACGAUUUGCAUAGUGGGAAAUCAGUGGAAGUUUUUGAUCUGCCAGAAAGUGAAGACACCAGUAUAUCUCUAGACAUGGAUUCAUCACAGCUGGCACUUAAGUUCAAAGAGCUUCAGCUAAAACAUGCUGUCACUACAGCAGAAGUGAAAAAGCUGAAAGAAAGGAUAAAAGAUGCUGAAGCUGAGAAGUUUGAUUGGGAGUCCAACAAGCAAAAAUAUCAACAAUCUGUAGAGGAAAAUAAGGAAAAAAUAAAAAAGCUGGAGACGUACUGGCUAGAAGCGCAAACUCUUUGCAAAACUGUCAAUGAGCAUCUAAAAGAGACUCAAGAGCAAUAUGAUGCCUUGGAAAAGAAAUAUGCCAAAUCCAAAAAAAUGCUCAAAGACUUUCAGAUAAAGGAGGUGGAAUUUGAGAAAAAAGAAGUGGAACAUAAUGAUCUUUUAAAAGAAAAAGACAGACUACAUAUGGAAAAAAUUAAAAUGCUAAAUAGCAGGAUUUCAGAUCUCGAGUACAAGCUGUGCAAUUACGAGCAAACUGUUCAAGGAUUCCCAGACCAUAAUCACCAUCAGACGAAUGAGAACAUAGCAGAAAUAGGUGUUAAUGAUCCAACUUUGGUACAAGAUUGUGCAGCUCUGGAAACAGAGAGCUCUCCAGUUUGUGCUGAUUUAGUACCAGAUUUUGAUGAAUGUGUUGGAGAAACUCAGCGAUUAGACACUAGUGCACAUAAGGCAAAAGCACAGCUUGCUCUCAAAGUGAAACGACAGCGGCCAUCUCGAAAUAAGCUCAAGGAGCCCUUCACAAGGGAGCAGAACAUUGCCAUGGAGGACGAUGCAGAAGAAAGUAUCCUACAAAUGGAAAGUUCCAGCCCAUCUGAAAACAAAGAUGAAGAAUUAAAUGAGCAGACUGCCGCACCUUUGUAUAAAAGUCAAAGAACCGAAAAGACUCGAAAAGCUGAAAGUUUAGGUAUCCUUCUGGAGUCAGAUCCCUCCAUUUCAAACUCCUCCCUGACACCCAGGACUAACACUGAACCCAUUCUAACCAAAAGUCAGGUUCCCACUGACGAAGGGGUAGAUCAGACCUCCCCUGACACAUUUGAUAGGAAUACUAAGCAGAGAGAAUCUAAAGGCAAAGGAAAAUGUAUUAAAGAUGAAAAGAGAAAUGAUGAAAAAACAGUGGAAUCCAGUGAGAGCACAGGGAAGCACAGAAGACGGUUUCCAGAUUUCGGUGGGCUGCGAAAAUCUGGAGGCAAAGGCAGAAAAUCGGAUAAAGAGAAUACUAGAGGAUCCUUGGACAGUCGAGGUUCCAGAGACUUGCUGGAGGAGGCAGACAAUCAGUCGCUAUCUGAUUCUGACUCACCAGUCCCCACUUGCAUGCCGUUCUCUUGGUUCGGAGACAGUCACAAAGAAUCUUCCUCCAGUGGCAGCCUGAACUUAAUACAGAGCGGCCCUGACCUUACAGUGGAGCAAAGCCAAGAGAGAAGCAAGAACAAGAGUAGAAUGGUCAUAGAUGAUUCAUACUGUUGCAGCCCAGGCUCUGAUCUGUCAGGGUUAGUGGCAGAGCCAACUCUCUCAGGGCGCUCACACACUUUCACCUUCUCUUCGAAUGAGGCUCUGGAUGAUGAUUCCACCCCAACGGGGAAACUAAAUCAGUGGCACAGCCGGCCAGUUACCAACUGGACAACACAGCAAGUCUGCCACUGGCUCAUGGGAAUGAACAUGGAGCAGUACAUCGGAGAGUUUACUUCCAAAAACAUAGACGGCCAGCACUUAAUGUUACUGGACAGCGAGAAACUGAAGGCUUUGGGUGUUUCCAGCCAGACGGACAGAGCAACAAUAAAGAAGAAGAUUAAAGAAAUCAGGAAAGCACAAGAGAAACUGGAGAAGCAGAAGGAGAAAGUCAUGAAGAAAGGAGUAGCCAAGCCAAGCGGCAAAGCUGCAGCCACUGUGGAAACCAACUGCUGAAGUCUAUCUCCUCCCAGUCUCUGUGUAUAAACUUGUACAAUGGCGGAGCUUAUACAUUUGGGGUCAUUGUAUUUCAGAUUUUUUGGGUAGUGUUUUUUUUCUACUUGGAAGUCAUAUAUAUAUAUUUUUUCCCAGACUUUAUAAUGAAGUUUGUACUGACAUUUAGUCAGAUAGGAUGUGUAAAGAUGAGUACUGAGCGUUAUUCUGAGGCCACUCACUGAUCUCGUUUGGGUUGUGUAUAAAUGAAUUGUGCUUCUGUCACUCAUUCACAACACUGGUUUGCUUCUUCUUCUUCUCCUUGUUGUUGUGUGCCACUGAACAUUCCACUCUGUGCUCUUUAUUCUUUCACUUAACCACUUCUUAAUCCAGCUUGGUGGCUGCUAAUUUUGUUAGUGAGGAAUGACCAACUGCAUGGUGUGCAGAGUCUCCAGUGUGUUGUAUAAAUGAAACCAAUCACUGUUAACCUGCUGGGACUUGAGUUUGUCGGCCCCUCGUCCAGUGAAAAUGUAUAUAAAUAUUGUUCUGAUGGAAA